AUGACCGAUGACCCUGUCGAGAAAACUACCGAGUUUUUGAAGGACUGGACUCGAGUAUUACAGUCUGACGAGCUGUUAGUAGUUUAUUACGUUAGCCACGGGCAUAGGAGUUCCAGAAGGCCAACGCCUCGGCCUUUUGGCGUGGCUCGACGGGGCGGCUCACGUAGCGAUGAUGCUAAUAUUGACUGGCCCGUCGUCAUGCUUCUCAACUGCUGCUAUGGCGCUAACGCCUGGGUCUCACGCAACCUCGAAGAAGAUGGAUUCAAAAGUCUACCUGGUAAGGUUAUGGACGAAAUAGAGCAGUCCAAGAAUUUCCGCGUUGCGGAUGUUGUUCAUGGGGGUCUGCGGCUCAUGGAUCCAUGCCUGUACGAACAAGUGGAUGGAGAGUAUCGGAAUAUACGGCUCCAUCGAACAUUAGGAGAACAUGGCAUAUCCGAUAUUGUUCCCUUGGUGGCCGUCAUUUACACCUAG